AUGAGCACGGAGGAGGGAGAGGCGGGUCCAGCGUGCGGGGAGGCGAUGGGAGGCACCGCCGCCGGCACCGCCGCCAUCUGCCGCCGCACCUGGGACGAAAGCGAACCGCACGACUCCAGAGCACCUCGGCGGCCCGACGACGAGGCGGAGCGGCCGGGCGAGGAGGGAGAGGGCUGCUGCGGGGAUGCGUGCGACGCCGGGGACGACGCCGGCAAUCUGUCCAGCGAGGACGGGGCGGUCGGGGGCAGCACGUCGCGCAAGGAGCCGGCGACGCACUCGAACUGCAGCAGCGAGACCUGCAUUCCCACCCCCAGCUGCCGGAUCUGCUUCCAAGGCGCAGAGCAGGGCGACCUGCUGAACCCGUGCCGGUGUGACGGCUCGGUGCGGUACACCCACCAGCACUGCCUCCUGAAGUGGAUCAGCGAGCGAGGCUGCUGGACCUGCGAGCUCUGCUGCUACCGCUUCCACGUGAUUGCCAUCAACAUGAAGACGCCGUGGCAGUGGCAGUCCAUCACCAUCACCCUGGUGGAGAAGGUGCAGAUCAUCGCAGUGUUCCUGGGCUCUCUCUUCCUGGUGGCCAGCAUCUCCUGGCUGCUGUGGUCAGCUCUCAGCCCGCAGGCCAUCUGGCAGCGCCGCGACGUCCUCUUCCAGAUCUGCUAUGGCAUGUACGGCUUCAUGGACCUGGUAUGCGUAGGUUUGAUCGUCCACGAGGGGGCGGCUGUGUACAACGUCUUCAUGCGCUGGCGAGCCGUCAACCUCCACUGGGAUGUCCAGAGCUACGAUAAAGCGAAGGACAUGGAGGAGACGAGCACUGGCCAUUCCUCGCUGGCCCCCAGGACGCUGUGGUUGCCUCUGGCCACUUUUGGGCCCGACGGCCCCUCCCGCCCCACCCAGCUGGGGCGGCAGCCAUGGACCUGCCUCUGUCUGGCCCCCUUUUGCCCCGGCCUGGUGCCCCGAAACAACCUCAGCCAGGACAGUGACUCAGGAGAGGUCGUCAUUCGUGUGACGUCGGUGUAA